AACGCGGUCUCGAGGUCGCGUUCUGCAUCAAUCCAUUGUCUAUCCAAACGUCUAUAUAUAUAUGCCCACCUCUUCCACACCUAUCUUUUUUUUCCUCCCAGCACGUAGAGAAGAGUGGUCGCCAAUCCUAAUCCCUCCGACUUCUUCUUGUAAUCCUGCCUUUAGGAAGAGCAGCAACAGUGGUAUGGCGCAAAAAGUCUUCAUUCAUCCUUUACCACUACCACUUUUUUUGCCGGCUCUUCCAGGCACCUUGUAGCACCUCUUUCAACUCUGCCACCAUCUCUAUACUUAAAUUUUCCUUUCCAGCGCCAGAUAACAAACAGGACGUGUGCCACACACUUUGCAUCACAGAAUAUCUGUCGAUUCUGCCUACUUUUGUUAGCUUAGUUGCCCGUAUCGUACUCACUUUUCAUACGACAACCAUCAAUUACCAUACAUUUUUUCUCAUUUACCUUCUAUUUUACUAUGGUACAGAAUAUCUGUCAUUUGUCAGAGCUCAGGACACUUCUAUUGGCCAAUAUCACCCGAAAUGUUUGAGCUAGAUCCUUACACCACUUCACUACUCACAUCGAAA